CCGUCAGAGAUCGCGACAAGCUUCCCUUCCUACCUAAAUGUUAUUAACCUGCAAGUCAGCUGAUAAAAGUAGUUGCUCUGUAUUCAUAACAGCAAGAACAACCCUCUGUGCAGCACUGCAAACGACACAACGGCCCAUACAUCCAUAAAGAAAAACCUGCCCCGAAGGUAUCUAACUGUACCUACUUGCCUAUAUACAUCAUUUAUUAAUUAUGUGCAAUUUCUCUUCGAUAUCACUUCUACUGAUUUCUGUUGGAUACAUAUAUAUUUGCAGUGCAAAACAAAACAAGAGCCAUGACUGGGACAUUCUUAUCUUCACACAGCAUUGGCCACUGACAGUAUGUCUUCAAUGGAAAGAAACACAGGCGCAACAUUCAUGUAUUUUUCCCCCUGUAAAGAAUAUCUGGACAGUGCAUGGAAUAUGGCCAACUAAACUGGGGAAAUGGGGGCCAGAAUAUUGCAAUGUAUCACUGCACUUCAAUAAAACUCAACUGGAACCAAUAGAGCAAGAGUUAGAACAAUACUGGACAGAUAUUCACAAUGGAAGCACAUACAAAUUAUGGAAACAUGAAUGGACAAAACAUGGGACUUGCGCAGCUGCACUGCAUGACCUGGAUAUGGAAAGUAAAUAUUUUGGUCAAGGUUUGAAAUGGAUAAACCAGUAUCAAAUGGCAAAUAUUUUAGGCAUGUCAGGAAUUCAACCAAAUAAUCGUUACACUGCAGAAACUGUUUGGAAUGCUGUGCAAAAAUGGUUGGGAAAAAAUCCUGCAGUUCAGUGCACCGUCGAUCCAAAAACAAAUGAGACAUACCUUUUUCAAAUCAAAAUCUGUUUUGACAAGAACCUGACUCUGACGGAUUGCGAUGGAAUUAAAGGAACAUCAGAUCCAGCAACUGGCAUAAAAACUAAUUGUCCUUUGAAGGAAACGUUUGUAUAUCCCAGCAUACUUCCUCCUGAGUAUGGGAAGCCGCUCGACACCAUCGAAAGGCCAGUCUAUGGGCAGCAUUCCUGGCUGUUGGAAGCUUUGCAUGUCAUACAAUUCCUGCAGUGGAUGACAUCUUAAUCGUCAUCCAAACUUGCCCAGUAUUCUUCAGGGUGUAAAGUCAACCAAAAUUCUACAAGAUUACAUUUCGGAAAAUGAAAGGCUUUCCACUGGUCCUACCUUGCUCAAUGGGAAUAAAAUUAAUCUGAAUGGUUCAGGGAAUAAAAUGUCAAAAAGUCAAUUAUGCAUGACAGCAUAACACUUCUUCUUCUUCUUCUUCAUCUCUCUCUCUCGCACUCUCUCUCUCUCUCUCUCUCUAUAUAUAUAUAUAUAUAUAUGACAAACAAGAAACAUUUUAAUAAAAAUAUACCAUUUGAUAUUUUCGAAUGAUAACAUUGUUUCUUACAAUUAAUUUACUAUGAAUGUUUGGAAGAUUAUCGAUAUAUAGUUGAUACAUACAUAAGAAUGUGUGUUCCUUCUUCAAAAUCCUAAGUGUUAACUUAUAUCUGGCAGAAAGCAACUACAGUGAAACCUUGAUUUUACAAUUUUGAAGGAACCAUCUAAAAUAAACACAAAACAAGGGAAAUUGAGACUAUACAACGUAAAGCAAUACGAAGGCUGCUUUGUACUGCAGCACUGGGAGGACACUUAAAAUGUACAUGUCUGAACACAAGAACAGUGUACAUGCAAAUACACUAACCACUAUUUCUUUAAUCAUUCAAACAAAAUCCCUCUCUUUUUAAAAAAGCUCUCGAUCCAUACAGAUGUCUCCUAUCAGGUUCAAUAUCCUUCACAUGCAAAGAUACACCUAUUUUACCAAGAUAAAUACUAAACAUAAGGGCACCAGUUUUUCUUUAUAUCUUGCAAAACAGAACAUUAUAAACAUAUAAUCACAUUAAUUUAAAUUGUGAGGAUUCUAAAAAAUUACUUGAAAAUUUAGGAAAACAUAAAUUUGAGGAAACAUAAAAUCAGUUAUAAUUAACACCGCCCUUUGGACAUUUGGCUUGGACCAAACAGGAAGUACAUAUAUGAGUAAUCACGAAAAAUGUAAAAUCCAAGUUUCACUGUAAAUAAAACAUGACCAAUGUAAAGUCAUAAUGCAGGAUAGGGUAAAUGCUGAUGAUUAAGUUUACUGCUAACAUUCUCCACUUCUAGCAAUAAUUUAAUAAGCUCAAUGAGUAAUACACUGCACAAAAAUUUGUUCCUUUACCCCAAGACUCUAAUUAAAGUUAUAUAAAA